AUGACAGACUCUUCGCACCAUUCCUCCGUUAUCAAAGCCGAGUCAAACACUUUGGCAAACAUUUUCGGAAUUGUUGGAUGCGCAUGCUGUUUUUUAUGCCCUUGUAUUGGAUGUCCAUUCUUGACCGUUGCACUUCUUCAAAAAUCAACAGAUUUCAAAUUUGACGAUGAAAGAAAAGAAUUAAUUGUACACAACUAUGGAAGUUUGUUCAAUUCAUGCUGCUCUUCCACGAUGGAAUUCUCAUACGAUUCAAUUUCUGAUAUUGAAGUUGAAGUGGAUCCUAGCUCCACAGUCAACGGAGAAAACGGAUGUCACAUUAUUCUCUUGUCCAAUGAUGGCUCUGGACCACACACACUCAAUCGUGGAUUUAUCGCCCUCUCUAAAGGUAACAAAAUCGCUCAAUCCAUCAAGAAUAAACUUGCCAACAGUCAACACUAA